AUGGACCACACCUCUGGAACGAAGAAAAAUAAGACUGCUAUUGGGAUGGGUAAACAUAUGGAAGCGAAAACACAGAUGUGCUUUUCUGUGGUUUAUUAUAUCAUCUGAAUGAAUACCUCAUGGUUUCAUUCUUUUGUCUCUGUUUCUGUCUGUCUGUAUCUACUCACAGUCUAUCUGUCUCUCUCUCUCUGUGAUCAAAUGCAUGUCUGUGUCUGUGUGUAAUUGUCAAUGGUCUUGUGGUAUUCCUUCUUUUUACGAAUUAAUGUUUGAUUGAUCUUGUUUUUUUAAGAAAUGUAACAGACAGCGUGACAGAUCUUCGCAUUACUUGUCUGCUGUCGUGAGCGCCGCGUCUACCUGGAAGUGAGUCAAUGUGCCCCGUAGGUAGGUAGGUAAGGCAGGUAGGCUAUCUGGGCGUGGAGCCUGUGACGAUGACAGACGCCCUGGGGAAUUUUUCAGAGAGCCUCAUAACAGCAGCUGAGCUGGCGUCAAGUCAGUACACAUCUCACAGGUCAUGGAUACACAACGCAAGAGCUCUGCAGCCCUGAAGGAGGGCUUUCUAGUCAAGAGGGGCCAUGUGGUUUUAAACUGGAAGGCUCGCUGGUUUGUGCUGUUUCCUGACAAGCUCAUGUAUUACAAGUAUGAGGGAGGCAAGAAGGAUUCCUCCAAGCGUGGGAUGAUUCCCCUGGCUGACAGUGAGAUUACAUGCCCUUUCCUUGAACAUGAAAACAGACCGCUGGUGCUGAGGCUGAAGACCAAGUCAUCAGAAGAUUACUUCCUGGAGGCAUGUUCUAGGGAGCAGAGGGACGACUGGGCCAACUGCAUCUCUGAUGCGGUGGAAAAGCUGCGCGUUGGGGACGGAUCCUCAGAAGUUCCAGCUAAGCAGCGCAAAGUGUCCAGCUCCCUCAAGCUCAAUAAUGUCAACCUCAGUGAGGUGGUGGAUGCCAUGUACGAUGUGCACAGUGGGAUCCAUCUGACCACUCAUGUGGAGCAGGGCAGCUCAUUCAGCAACUGCUUCUCAGGCUCUGCAGUGGUGGACUGGCUGGUGUUCAUGAACCUGGCCCUGACGCGUGUGGAGGCAGUGACGCUGGCCUCUGCUCUGCUGGAGGAGGGCUACGUCAGGGCCGUAGGGGUGCGCAGCGUGGAGGCCCUGCACUGUGUCGGCCUCGGGGAACAGUUCCUGGAUGACUCCACAGCUCUCUACAGCUUCUCUGAAAACUUCAAGAAAAGGGGGAGUGUGAAGGCUGAGACAUCGCUGUCAGCCGUGGAGCUCAGUGGCAAAGUGCAAAAAAGAGGUUUCCUGCUGAAACAGGGGCACAAGAGGAAGAACUGGAAGGUGCGGCUCUUUGUGCUGAGGUCGGAACCUGGAUACCUACAUUACUACGAUCCCUCCAAGGAUGACCUCAGCCCUGUGGGCGGCUUCUCCCUGCGUGGCUGCCUGGUCUCUGCCCUGGACGACAGCGGAGUGCCCUCAGGUGUGAAGGGAAAGGUGCAAGGCAACCUAUUCAAGAUAAUCACCCAGUCAAACACAGACUACUUCAUCCAGGCUCCGACCAGAGAGGAGCAGGCUGAGUGGAUAGAGGCCAUCAGGAAACUGACAUGAGUCUAAUAUUUGGCAGAUACAGGUUUUUUUCUUCCUUCUGAAGCUAGGAUUAACAGCUAUUUUGCAGAUUGCAGAACACUGAAGUCCGUUCUCGGGCAUGUCUCAAAAUGAUGUUUAAAAAACUCAAGUAAAGAGCAACCCACUUCAUGAAGCAGAUUCCGAUCAUCUUUUCAGAUGUCAUUAAGGAUAAAUGUAAUCUUUGGACUGUUUGUAUACUUCAUAUACUUCAUACUGUACAUUUUACAGUAAUAUUGACUGCAUUCAAUGAAUGUGCCUCCAUACCAAAACCCCACCAAUGAAAGCACGCUGUAUGUAGCUGCACAACUUGAA